AUGGCGGACGGGAGUACCCUUGGCAUCCCUUUGAGUGAGCUCCCUUCGGUCUACGAGACCAUCGGGUGUCUAUACCUUGGGUGGGGAGCAUCUGCGCUUGUCACUGGGAUGCUUUGUUUGCAAACGUGGACAUACUUCAACCGAUAUCCACAAGACCCUUGGGGAUACAAGGCUUUGGUGGCGUCUCUCAUGUUCAUGGAGGCCGUCCACGAAGCAUUUGUAGGGCAUGUUGGAUGGUUCUACGGUAUAGAGAAUUUCGGGAACCCUUUAACAUUGCUGGAGAAGCCAGUAUGGACUUUAUCCACUCAGGUAGUACUCGGGGCGUUCGUGGGGACAGUUGUCAAAAUCUGCUUCGCUCUCAGAGUAUGGAAGUUCAGUAAGAAGAACAUUUUAAUCACCGGAACUAUCAUGGGAAUGGCUCUGGCGCAGCUUGGCCUGGCAGCAGCCUACACGAUACGGAGCGUAUCCCUCACACUGGUCGAGGUGGAUGAUAUCAAGACGCUCGCGACGGCCGGAUUAGCGCUCGGGUGUGCCACGGAUAUCGUGACGGCCUUCGCGUUAUCGUACUUCUUGCACAAGAUGCGGACAGGCUACGCUGCCUCUGACUCGCUCAUCACACGGUUGAUUGUCUAUUCUGUGAAUACGGGCGCAAUUACCAGCAUAUGCAGUAUGGCCGUGGUCAUCACAUACAACCUGAUGUCAAACAACUUCGUGUUCAUGGCCUGCUACUUCGUUCUCAGUAAACUAUACGCGAACUCCUGCCUUGCAACGCUGAACACACGCAAGUUCAUCCGCGGACGCGGUACAGACAACAAUCACAAUACAGGCCCAUCGUUCGCCAUGGUCAACCGUACACUGACGGGCCUAAACGAAAGCAAAAUCCAGCGCGACGGCUUGCGCGUCGGCAUCCAACAAGACGUGUCGAUCGUAUCCGACGACGGAUAUGUCGCCAAACUUCAAACAAGCUCAAAGAAGGCGGAAGAAGGACGUGUGCCGUACUACGUCCCCUACAGCAAUGGCGACGCCAAGUCACCCGCUGAUUCCGAGGGGCCCUCCCCAGUUUACGCCAAUGCCUGGUGA